AUGCUAGACACCGGAUCGCCAAUCGCAAGCGCGAGGAAAACGAGGGCGACCUUAUCAUUGGCGGCAUUCGGAUCCCUACCACCAAAGUCAGGAAGGAGACAAGUCGAAAUUCAUACUCCAACAUGGAGCGAAUCAGUAUUGGCACGGCUUCUUGCCUCGUACCCCUACUUGGUGAUGGUUACUGUACCAGCUCAGUAUACAGACAAAGUGGUUGUGCCCUCUCCACCUGGACACUACGGGUUAGUGUCAACGCCUGCACCCAUCGACUUCGAUUUCACCCGACUCCAGAGCAUGCCUUGGCUUCGGUUAAGUAAACACCUGUUGACUGUGAGUGUUCAGCUCGGGGAGAUUCUAAGCCAGGCCGUCAUGCUAAACACGAAACCUAGCGCACAAGGCAACCAGGCGUCGAGCGUCAGGGGUGAACCUCCUCACGCGCUAGAACCCGUCCUCGAUUAUGUGGCAAAGCCAGAUGCCCUACGAAAAUGGGCACAUUCAUGCCGAGGCCGUGGCUGGAGUUAUAGAUUGGAGAGAUAUGUCCGUGCCCCACUGGUGGAAGCGCUCCAUGAUCCAAGCCCUCGGGUCCCUGGCAUGCUUCUUCGUGCUGGCUAUCAGUCGAACACGCUCCUCGGACUCGCCGCAGUCUACUGGGAAAUUUUAGUACAUGAGGAUACUUGUCCCAUGGGGUUCAACCCAAAGCGCAGGUAUUCGUGGUCUGGCACGGCUUUACAGUAUGCUCGCUUAAAGGCAGGGUCGACAGUGUGCAGUUUCUGCUUUGCAUGGGCGUCGACAAAAGGGUCGCAAUUUCGAAGUCAAUCCCGUGGUAGAGACGAAGGGCUAUGGUCAGGAGUCGAGGUACUCUGUCUUUGGAGGCCAUUCGCCCGUACCGUUCGCUUCCAGGAGUUCGCUUGGUCUGGAGGGAACUUCGUGUUGGUCCCUGCUGAGUUCAUUGAGCAAGGCUGA